AAACCUGAAAGCGGCCAACACGGCAUUUUCUGCGACACCGACUUUCCGCACUGGGAAAGGUCGCCAUCUGCAUCCAUUUUGAGAGGGGAACUACGAUGCAACAUCCACUUUCGUUUCUCUCUGUUAAUACAGGAAAUAAAUCCAUGAUGAGCGAGAAAAGCAUCAACUCUGCUUUAGUACGAAGAGUUAAUAAAUUGUUGGAAUCCAGAGUGGAACAUGAUAAGGACACAUUGGAAGCUUUGAAAGAAUUGUCGACGUUCUUCACUGAAAAUACGUUAAAUUCUCGCCGCAAUUUGCGUAGUAAAAUAGAAAGAAGAAGUUUAGCAAUAAAUGAAGAAUUUCUGGCUGCCUUUAAAGAGGUAAAGGCUUCUUUGGAUGAUGUUUAUCAAGAUGUUUUAGCCAUGAACACGGCUGUACAGUCUAUGACGAAUCGUUUGCAAGCUACAAAAGCUCAAACAUCCCAACUUAUAGAACAUACAACAAAGCUCCAGAAUGAAAACCAAACAUUAUCGAUGCAACAGGAAGUUGCAAAUGCAUUUAUUAAGAACUUUCAUCUAACUACCUCUGAAUUGGCUAUCUUGCAUGGCUCAGCCAGAGAGUCUCCUAUAACGGAGGAAUUUUUCUCUAUAGUUAAUAAAGUACAGGAUAUUCACAGUAAAUGUAGAGUGUUGAUGCAGUCUGGAUAUCAGACAUUGGCACUGGAUAUAAUGCAGAGAAUGACACUGUUGCAAGAAGCUGCGCUAGAGAGACUUUACCGAUGGACACAGACUCAAUGCAAGAACAUAGAAAAUGAACGUUUGGCACCAUUACUUAUUAAGGCUAUGAGCAAACUACAAGAUAGGCCAGUGUUAUUUAAGUACAUUUUAGAUGAAUACUGCGCAGCCAGAAGAACCGCCUUGAUGGGAUCUUUUAUAGACGCGUUAACAUUAGGUGAGGGUUUCGGCGGGACACCCAAUCCCAUAGAGAUGCAUGCCAAUGAUCCCAAGCGAUACGUCGGCGAUAUGCUCGCUUGGCUGCAUCAAGCGAUUCCUGUGGAAAAGGAGAAUAUUCUCACUUUAGUGAAAAGCUGCAACAAGACUGAUGUGUCGGAUCAAGUGAAACAGGCGUUGAGUAACAUCACCGAGAGUUUAUGCCAUCCUUUGAAGUCGAGAAUAGAACACGUCAUAUCCACAGAAGCGCCAGCGACGGUAUUGUACUCCGUCACAACCUUGAUUAGAUUUUACCGUGCCAUCACUGAACAGGUGAUACCCGACAGUGUCUUGGAUCUCACGCUCUUAGAUCUACUAGCUCAGAGUGAAAAGAGUUUCCUCAGUAGACUUCAGAGAGAAACGAGGAUCGCUCUCGGCGAGCGUGCGGAACCUCCGGGAAACGAUUUGGUGCCUGCACCAUCCGUCUCUAGAUUGCUGUCGCUGCUGAACGAGAUAUUGUCUGUGGCUAGCAUCGCUGAAGACAGGGAAAGAGAUAUGCUGCAGAUCGUGUCGUGCAUCAUCGACCCGUUACUCCAAGAGGUCAACGAGACUGCGUCGAGGUUGCCAACGGUGGACAUGGCUGUCUAUCUUCUCAACUGCAUGCAUCAGAUACAAUCCACUUUGGCGUUAUACGAAUACAUGGACCAGAGAUUAGAAAGGUUACAGGCGCAAUCGGACGCGCAAAUCGACACGCUUACGUCGGAACAAGCUAGUUCUUUGGUGGCACACUUGAAUUUGGGCUCGAUGUACACCAUUCUACAAGGUCGCGAGCAGGGACCACUGUCGUCCAUACCCGGCAUGGAUGCCCUCAGUGUGAAGGAAUUCACUAACAAACUAGAGGCGUUCGUGGUGAUGCCGGACGUUCUACUGUUGCCACAGAUAAGUUUGCUGCAGAGUAACAAUCAUCGGUUAGUCACUCAGAGAAGAUCGUUCGAGGUGAUCGGAGCCAUAUACAGGCAGUUGUACGAUGCCUGCCACGAUCCAAAGAACUUGUAUCAAAACGCUGGCAGUCUCUUUUCCAGGACGCCCGAGGAACUACUGCAUAUGCUGAUUUCCCAAUAACCGCGUGUUCCACGAGCUUCCAUUUAGACAUUAUAUAUCAUGAAUAAUGUACAUAGCUAAAUAAUACAACGAACGUAUCAAAAGGAUAA